ACCUGUCUCGUUAAAGGUGUGCCCUUUGAUCACAAUGAUCCUGAGAUUCGCGGCACUGAUAUAUUUCAACGUCUGGUUCCCAUUAGUAUACUCAAGGCUUCAUCAGUAUACAGCGAACAUAAAGCUAAGCUUCUGAGAGACAUUGGCGAGGCGAUAAACGACAAAGAUGCUUCUCUCGAGCAAGUUUCAGAUUUUGAUGUUUUACACCUAUCUUAA